AUAAUGGCCGCAGGAUGAUGUGUGUGAGCGCCGACAACCCGGCUGUGACGACAGUGUUAGAGCUGACCGAGGCCAACUGUGUCCCGUCCAAUCAGAACAUCACGGUGCAGAUAGAGACGAGAGGAGGCGUGACACCUCAAUUGUAUGCUCGAGAUCUGGCCAUCACUGCAGUCAUCUGUUUUAUUGGUGGUGUUGGCUUGACCCUGCUGGUAGUCCUGAUCUACUAUCACGUACAUCGGAGGAAGAAGCUGAAAGAAACUAAAAGACAAAAAGAAGAAGAAGAAGUCAAUCACUUAGAUGUUAGUGAAAAGAGGAGAGAACUCUUCUUGCAAACAAACAGCAGAAAGCCUUGGGAGAGAGAAGACGUGAUGAUGGAUUUAAGGAGCGACGGUUAUGAGGGGCAGUUCAGGUCCAGAGAGGAAGAAGACAGCGGCCAUUUAAGAUGCCCAGACUGCAGCACUGUAGGACAAAGAGGGAUGGGGCUGAACCUGAACAGAUGGAACGAGCGGAUAAACGGAGGGAUGGAGCUAGAUGAGGAAAGAGAGAAGAGGAGAAUGAAGGUGAUGAUGGAGGAAGAAAGAAGGAGAUUUGGGACUCAGCCGGGAGUCUUAAACAGGGACGUUCCUCACAAAAUGAUUUCUCAUAACAACACAAACUCUUCCUCUCACCCACCGAAAGAAACCUUCAGUCAGAGACCAGGGACUCUCUGGACCGGCAUGGAAGGAAAAGGCAGGGCGUUAGAGAGUUUACACUGUGAGAGCUGCCACAAAACAUACAAACCACCAGAGCAGAACAUGAAACUAGGGAGGAAUCACCGAGACUUACCUUCUCAGUACAGACACAUUGACAGGUAUAACAACAUGAACAAGUCUGAAACAAUGAAGCACCAAGAUUUGAGGAGAGAAACAAGAAAUGUAACAUUCGACCUGGAGAGGUCAAGAACCCGAGAGCAGAGAAGUAGUCAAGACAACCAGGAGGAGGAGGAGGCCUUUGGAGACAAGGAGAGAGGAAGAGUAAAAAGACACAAAGCCAAAGUCCAGUCGAGCCGGAUGUUGAAGGUUAAAUUAAACUUAAACCCAUUAAGAAAAAGCAAAGUCCAUCCUAAGAGGAAAACCGAGCAGGGCAACACAGAGAAGAGCAGCCCAAAGAAGAGUAAAGGUAAAAGAUAUGAUGGAAAAGAAAGGGAAGAUAGGGAUCGGAAAGGAAGCUCGGGUAAAGACAAAAAAGGUAGCGACAAGAAAAUUGAGAAAUCUUCCAAGGCUAAAGGGUCGAUUGAGGAUGGUGAGGAAGAAAAGGAAGAAGAAGAGAGUGAAGAAGGAAAGAAGAGCAAAAAGUCCACAAAGCAGAGAGGAAGUUCUUCCAAAAAGGGGCAAAGCAGCAAGGGAAGUUCAGAUGUUGACCAGGGUGAGAAUACACAACUUGAGAACUCUACACUUGGCAACACCACCAUCACUGAUCACCAACCAGAAUCAGGUACAGGUACUGGUCAGGGGCAAAGCCUGCAGGGUGGGAAUAUCCAGUAUCAAGGAGCUGGACUGGUUCUGGGGAGUGCUCACCAUUCCUCGUCCCUCUCUGCCACCGACAGGAAUCAAUCUACCAACCCCUCUCUGAUUAGUCCAGCAGGCUCUCAACUGACCGGCAGCACUCUCUCUCCUCAAGGAGGCCAUUUUUUCCUCAACACCAUGGCCCCAAGGUCUACUGCACCUUUCCCCAACAGUUCAGCUGCUCCUAACACGGCAAUCGGUCCCAACAUGGCUCCAAGUGGAGCACAAGACAGCUUCAUCAGACAAUCCGGGGCAGGCCUCAUGCCUCCUGCUGCCUCUCUUCAAGCUAACGCGGUACAUGCUAACCCUUUGCAAUCAAGUGCAAUGCAUACCUUUCCUCUUCAUACCACCCAGCCUGCAGGACUAGCCUCAGGCUUGCCAGCAAACCCAGCUGUUGCUGCACCAGUGCAGUCCUCUUUGCAGGGCCAUCUGCCUCCUGACAGCUCUCCUCUUGUUGCAAGACUGAAAUCAGAUCCGGUCCAGGGACCAGGCCUGCAGGCUGGGGAUGGGGUUCAUCAGUUGCCAACCAAAGAGAGUCCCAAUGACCCUCCUCAGGCCCCUCCGGGCGUUGAGGUUUUGUCUGGGGUUACCCAUCAGGACCCUCCUGGACCAGUGAUCACUGUGGAGAAUCUGUCAAACAAUCAAAGUCAGACCGAGACUGGACAUGUACCUGCUGCGUCCACAGCUGAAGGACUUGCAGCCGGGGGGUCAGGAGGAAGCAUGCAUUCAUCAGAUGUGCUUGAUUCAGGUGUAGGUGUACCCAACCCAAGUGUUUCCUCCACGAGUGACGCAGUUGUAACUCCUGCACUGCUGCAGCAGGAGUAUCUGUCAGAGGAAGGGGGAUCCUCCCCCAGGAGGAAACUGAGACUGGUUCUUCCUGAGAAGACGUCCAGCCGACCCCCUACUGCACUGGAGAGGAAAAUACGCUAGCUUCUUUUUAUGGAUCUUUUAAUUUCAAAGAGGUCAGAAGCAAUUAAUUUAAAAAUGAGUUUAAUAAUGUAACUGAGAGAAAUGACUUUAUGGGUUCUUAAUGGGAUGUGCCCUGCACCAAAACUCUGAAAAAUAAGACAAAAUACAUUAACAGACAAUGCCUUUAAAAUAAUAAGACCCUCAACCUGAACAGGAAACAAACUGAACCAGCGGUGACUUUGACCUGAGUGCUGGGUGAAGCAGGUUGCAGAGACUUUUGUGUCACUGCUGGAUAAGGUUUCGGUUUUGGCAACGAGAUGUCUGUUUGCAGUGUGUUGGGUUUCACUGGUCACACUGCCGACCUCUAAAUGGUGCCUACAGGCAUUUCGGUGUACGCUAACCAAACCUAUUCCAUCUGAUGUCUUAACCAGAGCUGAUGUUUCCACAUGCAAUGCAGAACCCUGAGUCCUCCAUCAUAAACAAAACAAACA